ACCUGAGCUGCCCUUACCAAGCUGACUGAUGAGGCAGCUGCCUCUGGCUGAGGGAUGCACUUCUCCCUUUGACCGUUCUGGUCUUUGGAUGCGAUCGGAGCUCUUUAUGUCCCACUCAUUUCCUCUGCUUUCUGAAAGUCCUUUGUAUUCAAAGCUCAGAAGCAAAUGGUAAGGUAGAGUAACAAGAAAGGUGCCUUCUUUACGGGUCAUGUUGGUGAAUUAAUGUGGGAAGUAACCCUGGCGGAUCUGUGAUCUGGUUCAUUACUGAUCCUUGUUUUUCUUAGAAUUGUGUCACUGUAGAUGAAGACUGAGCACUCUAUCUAGUUCUCACUUACCAUAUGUCCUAUCUUAAAAGCUGCAGUGAAACUAGCCUGUGGCUGGGUGCAUUUUUGUCCUACUAUAGGAAUCGGUAUUUGUGUGGGUGUUGGUAUGAUAAAUGCAGGAGAAACUUUUGAUCAGUUCUCAUUUCAGCUUCACUUCUUGGCUGUCCUUUGAAACAAUAACUUGUGGAUGGGAGAGGGCGUUGCUCAUUUGCCUGUUGCUGUUUGCUUCAGCUCAUUUAAGUAUGUGCAGUAACUGAUUGCUAUUACCCUGCAAUUACCCCUUAUUGCCAUUUCACUACCACGUGUCAGCAGAACGAGGGAUGGGAGCACUGGGGGUUGCCUGAUUUCUGUCUGAAACAGUGGUUGGGCAAGAUGGUGUAAUUCCUACGUAGGUAGUAUGAGAUAUAAAUGUUUGUAUUCCAGAUGCCAUUAAUGUGGCAGUGGGGAAUAUUAGUUGUGGAUACCUCUGCUGAGAUGGAAAUGACCUCACUUCCUUAGUGCAUUCUCCAGGCAUUUAUUGCCAUGUCACGUUAUCACCUGACAGAUAGGGUUUCAGUUUGGAGCAGUCUGGAGCUCUGCAUGUGGAUGGCUGCUGGUUGGGAUACGUGUUAAGAGUUCACUGCUUCACAGCAGUGCCAAAGAGAGGGUAAGAUGGCUUCCAAGCAAAGAAAGAGGAUGAAUGUGCGGUGUUUUGGUACAGAAUUCUAUUCGGGAUUUUGAGUUCUGUUUUCAGAGCUAUCACAAGCCUGUUAUGUCAAAGCAGAUGUAGUAUCAAAUCUUCUUUCUCAGUUUAGCUGUCAGUCAGAAGAUAAUAAUGUAGGAGAGAACUGGGGGAUUUGAUAAAUGGUUCCUGUUAAGAGUUCAGUGCUUCAAAAGGAAGCCCUAAGCUGUAGUCACACUCCUGCAUGCUAAAAUACAGCAUGGAAAGUACUGCAUAGAGUGGGAGUAAGAGGGGUACAGACACUAGUCACUGCAGUUAAAAGAGCUGCUGUACUGAUUGGACAGGUGACAUACUAUCAUUGUAACCUUUUCUGUGCUCUUCUUUCUUAUAUGCCUAUGAGCUGGUAGGUCACUAAUUCAUUUUAAAAUACCUCUGUACAGUUUUGGCCACUGAUACUUGAUAGCUGCAGUUUUAGUUAGGGUGUCAAGAUAACACAAGUUGUUACAGACCAGUGAUAAAAUAAACUUAGGAUUUCGUGGUAGUUGGGAGCUGGUUAAGUUUCUACACAGGAAUCUUGUGUUCACCUUUAUGCUGGUUGCCCCAGCAGAAGCUCCAUACAAUCAUUGGGUCUAGACUGCUGUGAGACAGGUCAGUGGUCACUGUGACUUGUGUCUGUGCCCACCACCAUGCAGAGGGAAAGGGAGCUGAGCUGUGGAGAAUUAUGACCAGGUUUUGUUGCUUUCAGGUUAUUGCUGCAUUCAGAGUAAUACUUGUCCAAAAUGGCACACCAGAUCUGAGCUGAUUGUCUGAGCUCUCUCUGGUCUGGAGGGGGGUUAUCCCAGCUCUUCUGGAUAUGUUCUGAGGUGUUCUAUGGGGGCUACCUUUCCUUCUCUGUGGAUUUCACGAGGACGUUUGAUUGCUAACUUGAACGGCCAUCUUUCAGAUAGCUCAGAUCAGGCUGAAGGGAAGGCAGUGCUCAUAACAGGCUGUGACAAAGGUUUUGGACAUGCCUUGGCAAAACAGCUUCAUGCAAAGGGAUUUACUGUUUUUGCUGGAUGCUUGCUAGCGGAUAAGGAUGGAGACGGAGCCAGGGAGCUGAAGGACAUGAAGUCAGAUCGCAUGAAAGUGCUACAGAUGAAUGUGUGCAGCGACCAGGAGGUGGCUCAGGCUGUGGAUUAUGUGAAGACGACCCUGAAAGACCCAGAGGAAGGUCUGUGGGGCCUAGUGAACAAUGCUGGUGUCUCAACUUUUGGAGAGGUGGAAUUUACAAGUUUAGACAACUACAAGGAGGUGAUAAAUGUCAACCUGUGGGGCACCGUGAGAGUGACGAAGGCUUUUCUGCCCCUCAUUCGCAGAGCUAAAGGCCGUGUAGUGAAUAUCACAAGCAUGUUAGGACGGAUGGUGAGUCCAUCUCGCUCCUGCUACUGUAUUUCCAAGUAUGGGGUGGCAGCCUUCUCCGACUGCCUCCGGCAGGAGAUGUAUCGCUGGGGUGUCAAAGUCAUCCUCAUUGAGCCCAGUAACUUCGUGGCAGCGACCGGCAUCCUGACAGAGGACAGCAUCGACAAGCAGGCUGAGGUGCUGUGGAGUGGAGCCAGCAACACCGUGCGGGAGGACUAUGGGAGGGAGUACUUCAGUCGCCACGUGGCCCUGAUGAAGUCCUUUGUUAACAGUGGCCUGAAGGACAUGUCUCUUGUCUUGAACGACAUCACCAACGCGCUCGUUUCCGCACACCCGAACAACCGCUACAAUCCCAUGGAGACAUACUGGUGGAUGAGACUGCAAGUCAUGACUCAUCUGCCCACUGCCAUUGCUGACUGGCUUUACAUUCCUGGAGCCACACUGUGAAUGGCCAUCCUUCAAGCAUCCUUCCAGUGCUUGUAUGUACGCACAGUUUAGAGUUGACUUAGUUCUACGCUAGUUGCUGGUGCAUCUCCUCUUUAGAUGUUUGUGCCUUCAGUUUGGUUGGGGUAUGGCUUCACAUCUUGUGGAAUGCUGAGAAAAGUUAUGUCUUUUCUGUCUCUUUCCUAACUUGGUCCUUGUAUCCCCUGCUGCCCUGAUUAAAGUCGGAAGGUGUUUUGCUUUUAACUGUGGAGAAGGCAGAGGAAGGUUAACAUUAACAGGUCAAAUGUAUGGCUAGUGUAACUAGGUCAGCUGAGUUCCCCUAGUGAUAAAUUGGACUCAUUACUGGGCUCUUGGUUUUCCUUACAAGGAUAGGCUGCUAAUAGCAGAGUGAAGCUGUUGCUAUGAGAUGUCUCAAAGGGAAAAAGCUAAAAUGGGAAACAAAAGCAGUUUUCCAUUUGAUUAAAAAUGGGUCAGUCACAGCCUUAUUUUGUUUUCACAGCACUGGUAGGAAGCUCCGCUGCUCCAUAACUGUUCUCUCUUUCCACGAAAACAGCAGCACUGCCUCUAAACAGCCUCAUUACCUAAUUGCAAAGAAGGGUUCUUCCCUCCCAGCACUGUGAACAGGAGCUGCUGGAGCCAGCAACUGGAGACAGAGUGGGCAAGGAAAAGCCCUUGUAAUAACUCAUGGUGUCUGAGCUGCCCCUCAGCCAGAGGUCUUUCCACCCACUGCUGGUGAGCUUUGUGAGACAGGCUUAAAUCUGAUGCAGCAAACAAAUUUGGCUCCUUUAACUGCUGUCGGGUACCAGAUGAAAAAGGGCACUGUGCGGUCAGUUUGGCCUGACUACAAGCUCUGGAAGGAUGUUUUGGGUGAUGCAUUUCUUUUUAAUUAAUAUUGCACAAUGAAAUUUCCAUGUCACACAUGAUUGUCUUCUCAGAACUUCAUGACAACUGAUAUGAGCUACUUUUGCAAAAUACCCCUGAGGGUCUCUUCUAUUGGCCAUAUCUGGGCCAUUCAAAGUGCUGAGGCUGCCAAACCUCACACCUUAUGUCCUCUUUCCAAGCGAUGACCACCAGCAAAGCAGCUUGUGGGGAUCUGCCCUCUCAUUCUUGGGGGUCAGCUUCCCAUUCUGCUGCUGUUUUGUUCUGUUUUCUCUUACGUGAGGUUAAAUGAAUAUGAAAAGAGCUUAUAAUUUGCUCUUUCCUCAUCUAUCUCAGGUAGCUGUGACUUUGAUGCUGUGCCAUAAACUUUUAUAUGCUGCUCUUUGUAACUGCUUGGAGACUGGAUGUGGCUGUGAAUGCUGUGAUGCCUAAGGAGGCAGCAGGCUUCCCUUGGACAUGCUGUGGAGGUAGCUUGUAUUACAGAUAAUUCCUGAAAAUGCUGGCCAUGCAGUUCUUUUUUUAUUUCAGACCAUAAUCACGUGGAGACUGUCUGGGAUCCAAUACCUAGAGUGAUUCCACAGUCCUACUGAACUGCAGCUUGUUUAGGCAGUGUUGAAAUCACUUCUGCCCCUUGCACUGUGAAAUGUGAGUAAUGUUAAGUAGCACUAAUUUGCACAGAGGAAAAUAAACUGUGAGAUUUGUAAAGCA